GUGGCCAGGACCGUGGUGGUUGAGGCUGGACUGGAGUAUGUAGUUAGAGGCAACAUCCGCCUUAAGGACCGCGUCAAGGGGGAAGUGUUGCUGAGCCCCACAAAGGGUUUCAUUGAGAAACAUAAAGUGUUAGUUGCUCGUGUCCUUGUUGAGGCCCAGUCUUCUAAAGGUGUGCCCCUCCGAAUCUUUAACCCUGGACAUACAGCCGUAACCAUCAGAAGGGGAGUUAUUGCAGGUUUCCUUCAGCCUGCGGAAGCCCUGGAACCGGCCGACACCACAGCCACGAUCAAACUGCUGGGACAGCCUACCGUUCCCCAGCACUUGCAAGAGCUAUAUGACCAGAGUGCAGCUGAGCUUGACCGUGAUGGACAGCUUCAGCUAGCCCAGCUGCUGUGCACUUAUGGCAGUGUGUUCUCUACCGGACCUGGUGACCUGGGCCGCACCAGUCUGGUGCAACAUGACAUCAUGACCCGGGCAGGAGCCGCUGUCAAGCAACCUCCACGUCGGAUGGCGCAAGGGAAGCAGCGAGACGCUGAUCAACAAGUGGAGCAGAGCCUUGAGGUUGGUUUGGCCCGUCGUAGUCAUAGCAGCUGGGCCUCACCCAUAGUGAUGGUUCGUAAAAAAGAUGGAACUUACCGCCUCUGCGUAGACUAUCGCGCCUUAAAUGACAGCACUAUCAAGGAUGCUUACCCAUUGCCCCGAAUCCAAGACACACUUGACACCCUCUCAACUGCUAAGUGGUUCAGUACCCUGGAUCUUGCCUCAGGCUACUGGCAAGUUGAACUGACCCCACGAGCCCGCCAUGCUGCAGCCUUCUGCACAAGGAAAGGGUUGUUUGAGUGGAAUGUGAUGCCGUUCGGAUUGUGUAACGCUCCGGCCACUUCUCAAAGGCUGAUGGACCGGGUGUUAGCUGGCCUUCAGUGGGAGACGUGCCUUGUGUAUUUGGAUGACAUUAUAGUGCUGGGUCGUGACGUGCCAGAGAUGCUGCAACGCCUUGGUCAGGUGUUUGAUAGGCUACACCAUGCCAACUUGAAAUUGAAGCCGGCCAAAUGCUGCCUUUUCCGCCGCCAGGUAGCCUAUCUGGGUCACAUUGUCUCGGAAGAAGGAGUGACCACAGACCCCAUGAAAAUACAGAAGGUGCAGGAGUGGCCGUCACCUACGUCCGUCCCGGAGGUCCGCCAGUUCAUCGGCCUGGCGUCGUACUAUCGGCGAUUUGUUCAAAACUUUGCAACAAUAGCAGAGCCCCUCCAUAACCUGACCAAGAAGUAUGCCCGGUUCCAGUGGACCUCCGAAUGUCAAGAAGCAUUCAAUAAACUUAAACAGCUGCUAACCACCACACCAGUCUUGGGCUACCCAUUGGAUGAGGGAAAUAUGAUACUGGACACCGAUGCUAGUGACACUGGUGUUGGUGCCGUCCUGUCCCAGCUUCAGCAAGGGAGGGAGCGUGUUCUGGCAUAUGGCAGUCGUAAAUUGUCAAAAACUGAACAGAAUUAUUGCACCACACGGAGGGAACUGCUAGCCGUGGUGGAGUUCACUUCACAUUUCCGACAGUACCUCCUGGGACGUCAUUUCACUGUGCGGACCGAUCAUAGCAGCCUUCAUUGGCUAACAAAAAUGAAGGAACCAGAAGGUCAACUUGCCAGGUGGCUGGAGAGGCUUGGAGAGUAUGAUUUUGAAAUAAUCCAUCGACCUGGUCGACUUCACAACAAUGCCGACAGCCUCUCUAGACAGCCUUGCCGGCAGUCCUGCCCUUGUAAACUCCCAGGCCUCGCCUCUCAGCCCAUAAAUGUUAGUCACCAAGCUGUACAGUGUGAUUUGGACUCUGUCAUCAGCAGGCAGAUACAGAGUCCAGUGGGGGUAGAAGGGCUACUAGCACCAACAGGGGCAUGUUCAGUGGGGGUAACUCAUGAAAUAAUUAAUGUGGCUAAAACCAACGAGCCUCCAUUUUUCUGUGGCUGGUCCCCAGAAGAACUACAUGAGGCCCAGACAGCUGACCCAGACAUCGCGCCUAUCCUGGCGUGGAUGGAAGUUGGUGCAGAGCGACCCACGUGGACUUCCAUUGCCCCAUACAGUCCAGCCACAAAAACAUAUUGGAGCCAGUGGAAGCGGCUCUACAUUCGAGAUGGCAUCUUGGUGAGACGGUUCUAUUGCCUGGAUGAUAUUCAGUUCUAUCCACAAAUAGUGUUACCUCGCACCUACCAGCCUGCAGUCAUGAAGCAGAUGCAUGACGGACCAAUUGGUGGGCAUUUUGGAGUGGAGCGCACGGUGGCACGGCUCCAAACAAGAUACUACUGGUACCACAUGAGAGAAGACGUCUCCCUCUACUGCCAGACCUGCAUAAGCUGUGCGUCCAAAGCAAGGCCCCGCAAGAUACCACAGGCUCCCAUGGGAAGUGUCAGGGUAGGGGCCCCUAUGGAGCGCAUUGCAUUGGAUAUUAUGGGGCCACUGAAUGAGACAGAGCGACGUAAGUCCUACAUACUGGUGAUACAGGACUAUUUCACUAAAUGGGUGGAAGCCUUUCCCCUGGCCGAUCAGAAAGCUGAAACGGUCGCUGAAGUGCUGGCUUCUGAGUGGGUGUGUCGCUACGGGGCUCCACACACACUGCACAGCGACCAAGGCCGAAAUUUUGAGUCUGAGGUGUUCCAGAAAAUGUGCUCAUUGUUCGGCAUUGAGAAGACACGGACCACACCGUUCCGACCACAGUCUGAUGGCCAAGUAGAAAGAUUCAAUUCCACCCUGAAACAGAUCCUGGCUACGACGGCUGAACGCUGCCAUUGGGACUGGGAUCUCAUGAUUCCUUAUGCAGUCAUGGCAUACAGAGCCACCAAGCAUAGCGCUACUCACUUCACCCCUAACUACAUGAUGUUCGGCCGGCAGGUGAGUGAGCCAGUGGACCUGGUAGCUGGCCUACCCCCUGACUCUGACACAGCCCUCACUGUUCCUGAGUACGUCCAACAACUCCGUCAACGGCUGGAGCUGGCACAUCAGAUCGCCAGAGAUUUACUUGGUGAAUCAGUGGAGCGUGCAAAGAGACAGUAUGACAAGAAUUGUUGCCGCACACAGUUUGAAAUCGGAGAUGCUGUGUGGUACCUCAUUAAGGGCACUCGGAAAGUCAAGAACAGAGUCAAGAAAUUUCUUCCAUCAUAUGAAGGGCCAUUCUUCAUACUGGGGCUACUUGAUGACCUUGUGUAUCGCAUCCAAAAGGGCCCAAAGACCAAAGCAAAAGUGGUUCAUCAUGACCAAUUGAAGCCCUAUCGCAGUCGUGAACCUCUGGACAACACCUGGGCCAUGGAGCUGGCCAAGGGCUGGGCACCUAUUGAGGUGCCGGCACCCAUCAUCAACAUGGAUUCUGCGGACCUGGAGUUGUCCGGCCUGUUCUCCAGCGCAGACCGGGGACAAUCAACCAGCUGCGCUCCUGUCCCAGCAUGGAAUGCUACUGCUGAUGAAACCACACCUCCUCUCGCCCCUGCUGACACUUCUUCCAUCGAGGAUGCUCAGGACAGUGGGGGUGGCACAGCAGAACCAUCCAGUCCGGACCAUCGCAGACCGAGCCGCAGACAGAGACCUCCAGACAGGUUUGGUGAAUGGGUGGCUCCCUGA